UGAACCAAAAAGAAAAUUAAAAUGAUUUAUUCGGUCCAAACUCCAAAGUCUCUCUUUUUUGUUUGGUCCUUCCUUUCUUUCCUAAUAAAUUAACAAUUAUUACAAACUUUGUAAUUUGAGGUCCAACAGAAAACACCGACUUCAACAACAACAACCUCCUUUUAGGAACUACCGUUUUAUUUUUUCUUUCAAUCAACAACCUCCACCAUGAACCUGCAAGGGACGCGUCCACCGCCGCUCAGAGUUAGCAAAGACUCCCACACCAUCCACAAGACCCGCAAGCCGCCGCUGCCCCCCACCGCGCACCUACCGCCGCCGCCGCCACCGGAGAACCGGAAGCCGGUGAUAAUCUACACCGUGUCUCCCAAAGUCCUCCACGUCACCGUCAGCGACUUCAUGAACGUAGUCCAGCGCCUCACCGGACCAUCCUCCGGUGACGAGCCAGCUCUCCGACCCGGCGACGUUUCGCCCGCAGCGAGGCUAGCGUCGAUCGAGAAGACAAGCCCAUCGGAGAGGGAGAGAGAUCACGGCGGAGAGGAGGACGUGACGUUGAUGUUGGAAGGAGUGGAACUGGGUCAGUUCCCCGGAAUAUUGUCUCCGGCGACGUUGCCUCAGAUAUCGCCAGGGUUUUUCAACGAGCCGCAGACGACGACGUCGUUUUGGCACGACCUGAGCCCGUUUUGGUCUACUCACAGCUUCGUUGCAAGUCCUUCGGGGCUGCUUUCCGCCGCCGCGAUUUCUCCGCUGCCGUCGCCGGACAUCUUCAAUCUCUUCGACUAACUUUGAUUUUUAUUACCGCUUUGAGUUUUUUCUUUUUUGGUAUGGUGAUUAUUGAUUAGGUUUGGAAAGGGAAAAUGGUGGAAGAUUCAACUAUGGGUGACUUUAGUGGCCAAAGUUUUGUAGUGCGUAGAUAUUGUUUGUGGUUUCGAAGGGACAGAAUAAAAAUUAAAAAUGAGAGCACUCUUGAAUACAAAGUUUCAAACUAUGGUCAUUUGGUGAUCCACUGUUUUGUGCUGCGUUACAAAUAAUUGGAGUUCUUUGUAAAGUCUUUAUCAGUCAGUUAGAGGUGAAGAAGAACUCGAUAACUAAUUCUCCGCAGAUAAAAUUCUGAAAAUCAACUAAUAGCAUCUUAAAAAAUGCUUCUAUAGCAGUGAUUAAUUCUCAAUUGAGUGUAUGUACACAGGAAGCUGAAGCUAAUUCCAAGGUACCAAAAAUAUGUUUAUCUUCAUUGUCAAUAAACUAUUCAUAUUUUUUUAUGAUGGUCAAUUGUAUCUGAUGAUGUCAUGCCAUGAUCAUUUUAUGAUGUUAAAUUCAAUUGUUUAAGGCUUAGCUUGUUUUCCCUUAUUAUGUUGAGGGAUGGGGCAGCUUUGCAUCAUUAAUGUUUUUUUUUUUCCAUCUCUUUUGCUUAUAUUGUCUUAUUAUUAUAAAGGAAAGUUCCAAUCAUUCUAAUUCUUUGUAAUCAUAUUUUCUUCUCUUUAUCCUUUAAUAGAAUUCUUUUAUUGAGAAAAGCUUAUUUUGGUUUAUACCCUAAUCAGCAAAUCUUUGAACAUGUCAAGGCAGCUUUGGAUAUUUGGUUGAGUACAUCUCAUCUUAAUCACUUAGAAGAGGAAGAUUGUUUUGCAUUAUCUGAAAGUUUAAUGAUUCUAUUCUAUAACAUAGUUGAUUUACUAAAUUGAAGGUCCUCUUUCCUUUAAUCAUUUUGGUUUCUGUAGUUUUUGUGUAAGAUUUAUAGUGAUGAUUUCUUAAUUCCAUGGCAAAUCUUCAGGGUUUCAUGGAACUAGUCAAUGACGCAUAUGAACUAGUGAUUAAAAUGUUUAAAUGGAAGAAUGUUCCAAUUGAGAAGUGGUUAACCUUAAUGCUGAUUACUCUUCCAAAGAAAGUUUACUUAUAGAUUACUUGCUAAACUCUUUCAAAGAAAGUUUACUCAUAAUGUUCAGCAGCACAGUGUAAUAGUUGAUUCCUCAAAGAGCAUUAUAGAUAGUGUUGAGAAGAUUGGACUAAACUCAUCAGUUGCUAGGGAAAUUUUGCUUUUGAUUCUAUAUCACGGGACUUGAAAGAUGGUUAUCCUAGUGCAUGGAAAGUUAUGCAGUGUUACCUUGAGAGCACUCUUCAGGUAGGAAUCAUCCAUGAAAUGAUUGGAUAUGGAGCUGAGGCUGAAACCUAUCUCAAGUGGGGGAAAUCUGCCUUUGUUUACAGUUACUUUCUCUUCCUCUUUAGGAAAACUAUAUGUUAAGAAAAGACAUUGGGAUCAAGAGGAACUUGGAAGUGCUGAACGUAUUUUAAAAGAAAGCAACACACGAUCUUGUUGCUGAAAGUGUAAAUUGAAGCUUGAAGUUACUCUGUAUUACUAAUUUGGUUAUAAUUUAGAAUAAUCUCAUUGAAUCUA